GGCUUGCGCGUGCACUGGAUGCACAGCGGGAGACUACCGAACAGGUCCAGAGAGAGGCGCGGAAGAAGGUGGAGGCCGUGCAGAGGGAGGUUGAGAGCAAGGAGGCGGAGGUGAGGAGGCUGAAGAGCCGACUGGGGGAAAUGAAGGAUUAUGAUGAGGUUAAGAGAGAGUUAGAGAUCAUGAAGUACGUUGAAUUCGGCGGUAUGGAUCAGGAUGAGGAGGACGAAAAUCAGGGGAUGAAUGGUUACAUGGAGGAGAAUUCCCUCGGCUUGACUCUACCCAGUCCAAACCCGAAAGCUGAUAAAGGAGAGAAAGAUAGAGGGCAAUCAUUGGAAGUACUUCUGGCUAGCAAGAAUAAGAGGAUCUUGGACCAACUGGCGAAAUUCCGGAUCGACUACGCAGAACUCGAGGCCUCAUUGCAGCGGACGCAGGAUGAGCUGGCCCAUGCGACAUCUGAGCUGGAGAAGCAGAGAGCCCUGAACGAGCGGUUAGAGAACGACCUGGUUCAGAUGGAUAGACACAAGAGCCAGGGGCCAGACGACGCCGCCAGCGCCGGGGAGCUGUCUAGGAAGGAGAGCGCUCUUGCGGGAUUGGACUUGGGCAGGAGGACGACGAGUGGGGAUUCGCCAGCGAGGACAACACCGAUACCGUUCACUUCAUCGGCUGACACGUCGAUAUUGCCCAUCGUCACGAGUCAACGGGAUAGAUUCAGGCAGCGGAACGCCGAACUCGAGGAAGAGCUUCGCAAGCAAUUCCAGAUCAUCUCCGAGUUACGCUCCGAAGUCAAGAGUCUCCAAGCUGAUAACCUUAAGCUAUACGAGAAAGUACGUUACAUGCAGAGUUAUCGCGAGGAAGCGUCGCGUCGGCACGCCACGUCCACCCUAGACCCACUACCUGCGAACGGCGGAGUAUUGAACGACGACAUGAGUAAGUAUCGGACGAGGUACGAAGAAGCUAUGAAUCCUUUCGAAGCUUUCCGCGGGCGGGAGGCUGCGAGAGCCUAUGGGAAUCUCAAUCCGAUGGAGCGAGGCGUCCUUGGGCUCACUCGCGCGAUCUUAGGCAACCGUCGAGCACGAAACGCAUUCAUCUUCUACGCUCUCGCCUUACAUAUGCUGGUCAUGUACACCACAUACGAGUGCACGACGUCUGGAGGCACACAGUUGCAGAAACAACCUGUUCCUAUUGCACACUAGGUGACGGAAAUAUGGUAUGUGUACAGCCUGCUUGAGGAUUAUUGAUUUACAUGUAGAUGCUCACUACGUACAAUAUGCGCUUGUAAUAUACUUCAUGAAGGACGUCAGGGACAAUGCAAUGAUUAGGACCGUAUUACGGAUGGGGACUGCUGUCUGGGGUGUCGCGCACGAAAGUCUACUUGGCAUUGACAGGCUUUCUGGUGCGGUGAAAUGUCAGAGCCUGGUCAACAGCGUCCGUGAGGGGCUUCAUGGCCUG